AUGCCUUCUGACUAUAGUCUUGCUGACAAAAAGCAUUCCAAUGUUAAGGGAAGCAAAGUUUGCUUGAUAUAUGCAUUCACUAUAAAUGCCAAUGGCUCUGACAAGAAAGAGCCUUUCAUCAUUGGAAAAGCCUAUAAAUCUCAUCCUUUUCAAAAGAAGUCAGACAUGCAGCUGGAAAAUAUCUUGCUGUUACAAGACAAUUUCUCAGCACAUAUUAUUCCUGAAGAUGAUCUGCAGUGCAUAACAAAAGCUGGAAUCUUAUCUGAUACUCCUCUUGCUCCUGUUGUGUCAGUAUCAAUUCUCAUUGCUUUGCUUGUUCAGGAUUCUAUCACAGAUAUAGAGAAGCAGCUGAAGGAAUCACUUGAUGAUCUCCAAGGCACAGAUGUAUUGCAAUGCCAUAACUAUAUGGAUAUUGAAUCCUUGCUGAAUCUGGAGAUAGAGAAUGUGGAUGUGAAAGAGACAAUGGACAAAGAUAUCUUUGAUGCAGUGAUGGCAUCACAGAGUGCAGAAGAAGGCAUGGAUGAGAAUGGACUUGAAGGUGAUGAUGACGGUGAUGAUGAUUCAGUGUUGAAACCUUGUCCUAAGUGCCAUGAGGCUCAUCAAGCUGUCAAAACUCUUCAAAAAUACAUUGAGAUCAUGAAUGAUCUAUUUGCUCAGAACUUGAAAAGCAUCUUGGCUUUGUUUGGAUAA